AUGAAUCGUUCCGCUUUGAAAACUCUGUGGAUGUCGAAUCUCGACGCCGCCUGGGACAUUCGCUUCAUCAAAUUCGUCUUCAAAGUGAGUUUGGAAAUACAAGUCAAUGAAACGAUUAAUCGUGAGUUUGUUGAAUUCAUGUGAAUAUUGUCAAUUCUCAACAGCUUCCUGGGGUUUUCAAAGCAUAGAUGGCCGAGCUCAACUCAAGUUGAAGUUGUAGAAAGCUCUUCGCUUUGAGACCAUAAUUAAUUCCGGACUGUGGUCCCCUUGACCUCGCAAGGCCUUGAAUCGCCUAUUUUUGAUUUUCUGAACAACAUAAUCUAAUUUAGACUCGGGAUCGCAAAAUUCCGGAAUUAUUUGAAAAUAACUCCCGAACUUAUUUCAAAAUGGCUGAAUUUAAUAUUCCUAAAAACUCAUUCACGCUUGGAAAAAAAAUCGUAAACAAGCUGGGUCGAUCGACCCUGAAGAAAUAAAACGGGCCUUCAGGUCUUUCCGAUGAAAAAAAAAAGAAAACUCUUGAAAAAAUCCCGUUCGAAUUCCCAUUCAGACCUGCCAUUAAGCAUUUUUAUUUAUUGAGUCGAGGGUUUUUUUGAAAAAUAUCUCAUAUGAAGCUUUAAAUAUCAUCCGAUCCGGGCAAAUCCUUUUUUGAAAAGAUUAAAAGUUUAAACACGAAAAAAAGCUGGUUCAAAUAUUUUUACAGAAAAGCGGGAUCCCACCUAUCAGCGUUCGAUGCCUCGAAUGGUCGCGCAGAGAAGUAAUUUUCCAAUAAAAAACUUCUCUUCUGAAGCCAGCGCAAAAAUCUUUUUCAGAACAGCAGAUUCUGCUUCGUGGAGUUUGAGACCGAAACAGACGCCCGGAAGGCGUUGAUGGAACUCAACGGCACCAUAAUUCCCUACACGGAUAUGAAACGUUUCCGACUGAAUUUCAUCAAUACACCGUUAGUUUUCGGAUCAACUUGGAAGUUUGGAACACAGAAAUUGGACUAGAACAUUUUAGGGGCGAGACCGCGAUUUAUGUCAGCAAUUUGCAUCCCCAACUUGUCUGCUCCGACUUGUAUAAGGUUUUCAAGCCCGUUAAAAGUAACUAAAAAAUUGAAAGAUCGAACAGAAUUUAAACGUUUUCCCUUCAAAUAUAUGCCCAUAAUAAUUCUUCAUACUUAUCUGAAAAAAAUUACAAAACGUAAAAUGUAAAUUUUUGAUCGGAGAAGAAGAAUUGUUCACAAUUUUAUUUUUACUUAUUUCAUACGAAUUUGAUGGAAUACAUUAUAUUUCUCAAGGUCUUCUCUCACCUGGAAUCUUGCCGUGGAGCACAAGUGAUCAAGAACUCCGUUGGAGCUUCGAAAGCGGCCGGCAUCGUCAGGAUCUUGGAUCCUAUGGAUGUCCGCCGGGCUUUGGUUAGCUCUUAUCUGGAAUAAUUUCUUCAAUCCGGAGCCUAGGACAUGAAAAACACAAUCGUUAUGAACAAACCGAUGAAUGUGAAGCUGGCAAAGUAUAAUGAUAGAAAUGAGGUUUUUCGAAAAGUCUCAAUUUUUAUAUACCCCAACUUUCUCAUAGAACCGUGAAAAACCCGUCAAUCCAUCCCAACCACCACAACCUCAGUCACCCUUUUACGAGGACGAAUUCUUCAAAAGAGGUUGUACUUCUCUUUAAAACUACAAUUUUAUUAAUGUGAUGCUCAGAAACGAAUCAGGAUGUACAAUUGUGCAAUUCUUUUUACGUGGCCAGGUCAAACGACUGGUUCGAUGACUUGGAGGGCAGCAGGUUUUUUUCUUUCUUCUUUUUUUCAUUAUAUUGCAAAAAAAUAUUGUUGCCUCCCAUAAAAAAAUAAAUUAUUUAGAGAUUAAACAGAAAAUAUCUUUCAUUAAUGAUAAAUGAGCCUUUUUCAGGUGGUCUUCGAUUCUUACUCAAGAAAAGGUAUCUUCACGAGAGUUCAACAAGAAUCUGAUUUAUUCUCGGUGGAGCUUCUCAGAGUCUUCAAUAUAA